AUGAACUUGAAGUCCUCCUCGGCUUUCCGCUCGGAGCACAGCUUCCACCGGAGCUCGUCGCCGUCGCCCGCCCGCCCCAUGGAGCUUUUCGGCACCUUCGUGCGGCCGCGCGUGGAGCCGCUGGUUUUCCCAGCUCGGCCCGGCGCCGCGGGCAACAUUAAGACCUUGGGCAACACCUACCAGUUCACGGUGGAUGUCAGCGACUUCGCCCCCGAGGACAUCAUCGUCACCACCUCCAACAACCAGAUCGAGGUGCACGCCGAGAAGCUGGCCGCCGACGGCACCGUCAUGAACACCUUCACCCACAAGUGCCAGCUGCCCGACGACGUGGACCCCACGUCCGUGUCCUCCUCGCUGGCCGACGACGGCACGCUGACCAUCCGGGCCCGGCGGCAGCCCGCCAAGCACGCCGAGCACGUCCAGCAAACCUUCCGGACUGAGAUCAAAAUCUGAGCGGCCGCCGGCGCCGCCGGGGGGGGGGGGAUUUCGGGGAGGGAAACGGGGAGGAUCUAGCCCAAAACGGCUCAAGUCCUCCGAGCCGCCCCGGCGCUCUCUAGAUGUAGACGCAGGCGCACGGCCGUCCCUCGUAGGCCACGUUUGGGUAGCGUUUGGGCUAACGCGGGUAUUUAUUUAGGUGCGGGAGCUCGGCGGAGGGGGGGGUCCCGGGACGGGAUCGCGCCUCGGCCCCGCUCACCAGGCAGGCCGCUCCGGGAGGCACGGCAACAUCCCGUCCCCGACACCUGCAGCCGCUCUUAGGGGCACAAAUCUCCUCCUCCUUGGGGCAAAACCCACGGGAAUCGGUGCGUAUCCGCUCGGACGCCACGUCCGCUUGCGGGCGGACGUCCUUCGCCAUGGAGGGAACAGCCCCGGAUGCCUCCCGCUCUGCACUACGCGCUGGAGGGGAGCCCUGGCUCGGGAUGCCCCGAUUUUGGGGCCUCGUGACAGUAGCCAGAGCCUUCACCACAGCCCGGGAAGAUCUUAGAGGCAGGAAAGGCCGCGGGAUUCAUGGCUGCGGUCGUGCGAGGAGGGCACGGGAGCGGUUCGGCCCCGGAGAUGGGCUGCAGGGAGCGAGGCCGGGGCGCGAGCCCUUCCCCGAGCCUCCGCCGGAGCUUGUCUGCGUAUAUACGGCUUGUAUGUGGGGUGCCAUAAAUUAUGGAGAAUGUCUUCUCUUGGG